AUGAAAAUUACUUAUCAAGAGAGGGAAAGAAGACGAAAAUCGUACGUAGAAAGUAAAUACUUGUCAGAAGAGAAGCGAAAGGAACGGAACAAGAAAAACAGAGAAUAUUUAAGAUUAUACAGACAAAAAAGAAGAAAAGCAGCCCUACAGAAUGUUGAGAAUAAUAGAGAAAAUGCAGAUACAAGUACCAUGGAUUUUAGUGGUUACGAAAGUGCACAGCUUGAAGGCAGAAAUAGGUUACAAAUAAGAAUGAAUUUUCGAACAAAUGGUCCAAGAAUGAGAGUCACUAAAGAACUGGCAAAAACUAAGAAAGAGUUUAAAGUUUUAAAGGAAAACUAUGAUAACCUUAAAAGAAAAUACAAGAGUACUAUGCGUUCAAUUCAAAGAAUGAACAAGAAAGAAAAUGAACAUUGUAAUACACCAAGAUCAAAGGCUGCAAAAUUACUAAAAGAUGUUAACCUUACACAAGAACAAAGAAAACGUGUGCAUAAAGAGUUGGUUUUUGCAAAUGCUGUUUGCGAUGAGAUCAAAGUUGCAGCACAUAAAGCACCUGUGAAAGCUAAAAGGAUAUUACAAAAUUUAGUAGCGGGAAAUUUAUUGAAGAAAUACAAGUUGCUUAAAAGAUUUGGAGAAAAAACAAAUACGAGCAGGAAUAAAUUGUCAAAAGUUAAAUGCAAGAGUGUUAGUAUUGAAAAUUUGAACCGCCGACGGGAAAUUGCAAAGUCUAGAGAAAAGGUGAUAGAGUUCCUCGAGCGAGACGAAAACUCACGAGCUAUGCCUGGCAAAUGUGAUUACGUUAGAUCAGAAAACGGAGAGAAGUAUCAAACAAGAGUAUUAACUGACUAUCUCUCAACUCUUUACCAUAAAUUCAUGUCAGAAAAUCCUAGUAUCAAGUUGUCUUUCACCUCUUUCACGAGGAUAAGACCGGCGAGAAUAAGACUUACACACAUGAUCACAAGAGACACAUGUCUUUGUACCAAGCACCAAAACAUGUCGCUGACACUUAAAGCUCUCAAGAAGAAAAACAUUGAGUGUACACUUAAUGGAGAGAAAAUGCUUGAAAGAAAAUAAGACCUGCUUCAAGAAACUGAAAAAAAGUUGGCUUCAGGUGAUGAAAUACAUGUUGGUCAAUGGAAACGCGUUGAAAUUGAAGUUAAAGGCCAAAAGAAGUCAGUUAUGAAAAUAGUUGACAGUAUCAUGAAACCACAAGACUUUUUAACUCAUCUUAGAUCACAAAUUGAAGAGUUUGACCAACACGUUAUGAGAAUCAAGACACAAUAUUCAGAAAUGAAAAACCUGAAAGAAAAUUUGCCCGUCAAUCAUUGUAUAAUUCACAUGGAUUUCAGUGAAAAUUACUCAUGCAAAUCUGUCCAGGAAAUACAGUCAGCCUAUUGGAAUCAAACCGCCGUAACUCUACACCCAGUCGUUAUAUAUUUUAAGACGGAGGCAUCCAAGGAAAUUCUACAUCAAAGCUUUGUCUUUGUUUCAGAUGAAAUGGGCCAUAACGCAAACACAGUUCUUACAAUUAUUGACAAACUUAUUCCAGCUGUAAAACUACUUAUUCCUGAAGUAACAUGUAUACAUUAUUGGACAGAUAGUCCUACUUCCCAGUACAGAAACAAGCUAAUCUUCCGUUGCAUAGCGAAUCACAACAGUACCUACGGCAUACAUGCUAAAUGGAACUACUGGGAAGCAGGACAUGGAAAAGGGCCAUGCGAUGGCCUUGGUGGCCGAGUAAAGCGUUUAGCAGACGAGGCAGUAAAUACUGGGAAAGUUUGUAUACAGGAUCCGUCAGAUUUCUAUGCGUGGUCUCAAUCUGUCAAUUGGACUAUGAAGAAUGUGAAAUUUGUAUUUGUUUCUACAGAAGAGUGUGAAAACAAAGCUAAA